AUUCAAUGUUCAUAAUGGCUAGUUUUUACCCACUUACUGAUUAAACGUCCCGAUGCGUGUGGAAAAUGUCAUCCUGAAAUUUGAUUCGCUUUUUUGCUUUGCAUGCUCAAUCGUGGCCGCACGCAAAAGAUAAGUGGCAUCAGCUUGAUAUCGAUUGGAAAAUAGUGAAACAGUGACUUUUUCGUACCAGCAAGGGUUCCGAACAAGGCCCCGGAUGAAUGUUCAACAAUUGGAAAAUGCCUGCCGGCUUUGCCUGCAGGAAAUCGAUGGCCAAAACAUCUAUCCCAUUCGGGACAUAGAGGACAAAAUUGAACUGCUGUUCAAGUUUGAGCUUAUCAGAUAUGACCAGGAAUCGCAAUGGGCUUGUAAGUCUUGUUACGAUUGCGUCGGACUGUUCUACAACUUCACGGAAAUGGUUUCCGAGAAGCAAUCCUGUUUGGAAACUUUGUUUGCUAGCGGCAAUGACGAAAGUGGUCAGAUGAACGAGGUGGGUGUCAACAUAAAAGCGGAACCCACCGAAAUUUUCGACCUGGUAGAUGACGACGAUGACUAUGGAGACGACGAUUUAUCGGAGCCGGAUCUGAGCUCAUACUUUGAACCUUCUUUGGAAAUAGGGUAUCAAGGGGGCGUAGCACAAACGUCAACAGCCUCGAGAGCUGCGCCCCCUCAAGCGGUUCCGGCUUCACUAGCCUGUGACCUGUGUACGUAUGUAGCCAGCAAUCGUACCCUUUACACCUUGCACCGGAAGAGGGCCCACGGUCCGAAAGUGUACAAAUGUCAAUGUGGCCGGUCCUUUUCCACCAACGAAUACCUAACAACGCACCAGAAGCGAGCUCACCAACCGAAAUCAUUCCACUGUAAGCUGUGCGAUAAAUCUUUCGCCGAGAACUUUUAUCUGAUGCGGCACCAGGCCAAUCGGCACCGGAACGUGUCCACAAUUGCCAAUUCUAUUUACCGGUGUCAGCGAUGCGAUAAACCGUUCCUGACGCCGAACAUGCUGUCCCGGCACCAGCAGGCCAACACCUGCGAGGUGCAACGCAAAGGUUUCCGAAAGAAGUAUCGAAAGCGUAGGAAGGCAGCCGAGUGAAAUUAUUAAGAAGGAUUUCGGAUUGAUUUUGCCCUCAAUGAUGCGAAAAAAGAGUUGAAAGUAUGUUUAAAAUACCCUAUUUGAAUUUCAAAACCAUCUAACUUUCUGACAACAGGUAUUUGAUUACCUAUCAAAACUUUACGAGUUUUCAAAUGUGUACCGAUUUCGUAACAAGAAAUACUUUUGUAAGUUUAGGCAUGCGAGAGUGAUAGGUCAUUCAAACAUCUCACUCGAGAACGUGCCAAAUUGUAGUUGGUCUAAAGUCUGGGACGGUAACCUUUUUGUUGAUCUAGGUCCAUUACAUUCGGGAUUGCUACGAUCAUUUCCAAACUAAUCAGUUGUCUGUAUAAUAUUUCUUGCACGAAAUUUGCCAUUUAUUUUAGUUUUAGAAAUAGAUCUUAAGUCCCAAGAUAACACAAUGUGUGAGAGCUUAAUUUGUCUUGUGAAUUUGUAUUUUUUUUAUUCUUUAUAAUUUCAAUCUGGUUGAAAUUUGAAGAUUGGCUGAAGAUACUUAUUCGUUACGAAUGCGGUUUGCAAAAGCUUUGAUUUUUAAAUUUUGAAGAAACACCAAAAUGAAAGAACGCUCGUGGCUAACAGCUGGCCAAUUGAAAGGAAAAGUAAACAGUAAAUUCCAACGUGUGUCCCAGUUUCACAUUACCUUUUUAUAGGUGUCCAGUCAUAAAAUGUAUAAGUUAAUAAUUUCGCAGAAGGUAUUGCAUUUUCCCAAAGCUGUUCCAACAAACAACAGAUUGAUAAUAAACUUCUUCUACCCUUCACCUAA